AUGAAGAGGAAACAGAAGAGAUUUCUGCAGAUGACUUUGUUAUUCACGGUGGCUUUAAUUUUGCUGCCUAACGUUGGUCUCUGGUCUCUGUACAAGGACAAGCACCUGGUGAAAUCUGCAGAGCCUGGGGAGCAGCAGACAUUUCCACUGGGCCUGGGCGAAGGGCAAUUCUAUUCAUGGACAGAUGGUUUGAGAAGAAAGGACUGGCAUGACUAUGAAAGCAUUCAGAAAGAGGCUAUGCGCUCAGGGAAAGGUGAACACGGGAAACCUUACCCCCUUACUGAAGAGGACCAUGAUGACUCAGCUUACAGGGAAAAUGGUUUCAAUAUUUUCGUUAGCAACAAUAUUGCUUUAGAGAGGUCCCUGCCAGAUAUUCGCCAUGCUAACUGUAAGCACAAGAUGUACCUGGAAAGGCUCCCAAACACCAGCAUCAUUAUCCCAUUUCAUAAUGAAGGUUGGACUUCACUCCUGCGGACCAUACACAGUAUAAUUAACAGAACCCCAGAGAGUCUGGUAGCGGAAAUCAUUCUAGUAGAUGACUUCAGUGAAAGAGAACACUUGAAGGAUAAGUUAGAAGACUACAUGGCUCGAUUUUCCAAAGUGAGGAUUGUUCGUACCAAGAAAAGGGAAGGGCUCAUCCGGACCCGACUCCUGGGGGCAUCUAUGGCAAGAGGAGAAGUCCUGACGUUCCUGGACUCCCACUGCGAGGUCAAUGUGAAUUGGCUACCGCCCCUCCUUAACCAAAUUGCACUAAACCACAAAACCAUCGUGUGUCCCAUGAUCGAUGUCAUUGACCACAAUCACUUUGGGUAUGAGGCACAAGCUGGGGAUGCCAUGCGAGGAGCCUUCGACUGGGAAAUGUACUACAAAAGAAUCCCCAUCCCUCCAGAGCUCCAGAGGGCAGAUCCCAGCGACCCUUUUGAGUCUCCUGUUAUGGCUGGAGGUCUCUUUGCUGUGAAUCGAAAGUGGUUUUGGGAAUUGGGUGGCUAUGAUCCAGGUUUAGAAAUCUGGGGAGGAGAACAGUAUGAAAUCUCUUUUAAGGUUUGGAUGUGUGGAGGAGAAAUGUUUGAUGUUCCAUGUUCUAGAGUAGGUCACAUCUACAGGAAGUACGUCCCUUACAAAGUUCCAUCUGGGACCAGCCUGGCCAGAAACCUGAAGCGGGUUGCUGAGACCUGGAUGGAUGAAUUUGCCGAGUACAUUUACCAGCGACGGCCCGAAUACAGGCACCUCUCCACAGGGGACAUCUCCGCCCAGAAGGAGUUGCGCAAGCAGCUCAAGUGCAAGGACUUCAAAUGGUUCAUGGCUGCAGUGGCCUGGGAUGUGCCUAAGUACUACCCUCCAGUGGAGCCCCCACCUGCUGCCUGGGGGGAGAUUCGAAACGUGGCAGCAAACCUCUGUGUGGACAGCAAGCAUGGAGCCACAGGAACCGAGCUGAGACUGGAUAUCUGUGUCAAGGAUGGUUCUGAAAGGACAUGGUCUCAUGAACAGCUCUUUACCUUUGGAUGGAGAGAAGAUGUUCGACCUGGUGAGCCACUGCACACCCGAAAAUUCUGCUUCGAUGCGAUCUCACACAACAGCCCAGUCACUCUCUAUGACUGUCAUGGCAUGAAGGGGAACCAGCUCUGGGGAUACCGGAAGGACAGAACAUUAUUCCAUCCUGUGAGCAACAGCUGCAUGGAUUCCAACCCCGCAGAGAAGAAGAUUUUCAUGGCCAGAUGUGACCCUCUAUCUGAAACUCAGCAGUGGAUUUUCGAACACAUUAAUAUGACUGUCUUAGAAAAAUUUAACCACCAUGCCAGCUCAUAG